UAUUAUAAUUACUUUGCAAAGUACCAUUAUAAAAUUUCUACACUGUAUGUAUAUAUAGCUAACAAUAAAUGUUGCCGGCGGAGGCUAGCCUUUCAAUGAAAGAUUUGGAAGCAGGACACAUAGAAAUUGACAUUAUACAUCUAUAUUAGAUAAAAAAAACAUUAUACAUCUAUAACGUCAAAAAUUAAACUCUCUUCACAUGUAAAAACUUAGAAAAGGUAUAAUACUUUAACUAUAUAACAAUAAUAACUAUAUAUAUAAUGUUAACCACCAUAAACAUAAGGUAUUAUAAAACAGGUAGCAGAUCCAAGGAGAGACCUUAUUAUUAAUUUGUGAAUUUGGGCUUUUCUCAUCGAAAGAAAAUGUCCAAUAAUCCAACUCUAAGGUUGAAGGGAAAAGUAGCUAUUGUGACUGGUGCAGCCAGUGGUAUAGGCGAAGAAACGACCAGAUUAUUUGUGGCCAAUGGAGCUUCCGUGGUGGCUGUCGAUGUCCAAGACGAGCUUGGCCAUGAGGUGGUUCAAUCCAUAGACUCCGAGAGAGUGAGCUACCACCACUGCGACGUAAGAGACGAGAAACAAGUCGAAGCAACAGUGAGCUACGCCUUAGAAAAGUAUGGCAGCCUUGAUGUUCUGUUUAGCAACGCCGGUAUCAUAGGCCCUCUGACUAAAUUUCUUGACCUUGACAUUGACGCCUUCGACAACACAAUGGCCACCAACGUACGCGGCGUUGCAGCCACGUUCAAGCACGCUGCUCGUGCCAUGGUCGCCCGUAACAUCCGUGGCUCCCUCAUAUGCACCAGCAGCGUGUCUGCAUCCCUUGGAGGAACAGGGCCGCACGCGUACACGAUCUCUAAACAUGCGCUUGUGGGGUUGGUCAGAACGGCUUGUAGUGAGCUUGGCGCUUAUGGGAUUAGAGUGAACAGCGUUUCGCCUUUCGGAUUGGGAACACCUCUGGCCUGUAAAGCUUUCCAUCUUGAACCCCAUGAAGUUGAAGCUAAUAGCUCUGCGUUGGCUAACUUGAAGGGUAUAACUUUAAAGACAAGGCACGUUGCAGAGGCUGCUCUGUUUCUUGCUUCUGAUGAAUCAGCCUAUGUGAGUGGACACAACUUGGUUAUCGAUGGAGGGUUCACUGUGGUUUCUCAUAGUUACUCGACUGUUGUCUGAAACUAAGGCUUUGUUAAAGGAUAUAGAGCCAAGGAAGAAGCCAAAGAGCCCAUCUUUUUUUGUGUGGUUUGUUUUGGCAAUUGUGUUUUUCCUUUUUUAAUUAACAAAAAGUCAAACAUUGUUACCUGCAGUGGCCAUGUGCAUUUUCCUUGUAAUCUGCAUGAGUGUUAUCAUAUUUGUUUAUGUUUUUAAUCUUAUGAAAGUGAAGCCACC